UUUUUUUUAAUUUUUAUUUUUAUUUUCUCAAAGCCGCACUCGUCAAUUUGGAAAUUUUUUUCCCCAAAUUUUACCAGUUGAAGGCCUUUGUUCGGAUAUCUUGGGUUUCUCUCUCGCAUUAUCUUCUAUUACACUUGCAGAUUCACAUUCGUUUGUUACCAUGGAACCUAGCUCUAGUAUCUGGGGUGCCAACUCAAUCCUCUCCUCGCAGCCCUCUCUCCCAGCCUCGAUGCAGUUCGGCCUCUCGCCGACGAUAACAACCCCGACAUCUCUAUUAUCACUCGACAACAGUCCUAUUGGAACCCCUGCGCGGGCCUCACCGGCGGCUACCCGCACUAUCGGCAGCGGUGCUCUAGCAGAAGACGAGAAGGAUGACUCUGAGGAACUGCUGAAUUCUAUCAACCUACAACUCGAAGAAGCGCUGCUGUCUAAUCAACCACAGGAGCUAGGGGAGGAGCAGCAUCCACUAAAGUACAGCUGGACGCUAUGGUUCUUGCACCGAGCGCCGGGCGUCAAGAUCUCAGACUAUGAAAAAGCUACAAAGGAGAUCUCCUCAUUCUCAACAGUAGAAGAUUUCUGGCGACUAUACUCAUACCUUAUCCGACCCUCAUCCCUACCCUACACUUCAGAAUACCAUAUCUUCAAAACCGGCGUCCGACCAAUAUGGGAAGACCCGAUGAACGUGCACGGCGGCAAAUGGCUUCUCAAGUUACGCAAAGGCAUGGGCACGGCAGCCUGGGAAUCACUGCUGCUGGCGAUAGUCGGCGGCGGCUUUGGCGACCAACUCGACGAGGAGAUCGUCGGUGCAGUGAUCAGUAUCCGACGAGAGGCCGACAUCAUCUCGCUCUGGAACCGGCAGGGCAGCAACGGAAGCGUGAACCUCAAGAUCCGGGACAUGAUGCGCAACGUGCUCGGGACUAAUAACGUGACGUUUGAGUACAAGGUGCACGCGGAGAGUCUGAAGGAAGGAGCGGAGAAGAUGCAGGCGUCAGCGGCGGCGGCGGCAGCGGGCGAGAAACCGCACCGGACACGGGGAGGAGGAGGAGGAUAUGGGGGAUAUGGGCGGAAUCGGGUGCACAGCAGUGAGCAGAGUGAGCGGGAGGGGAGCAGGCGAUAGAGGUAGAUGAGUUUAUAUCUAACACUACAUUACAUUGCAAAUAUCAUCACAUUGCAAUUAGCAGAAGAUCUAGAGAAGAUCGUAGUAAAUAGCAGAGUAAUAGUAGAGUAAUAGUAACAAGCAGAGAAGGUAAACAAAGACGCGACUCAACUGGACCCUGUGGGCGUCCAUAAAAACAGAGUUUGGCGAGAAACCUUCUUUGGCCAGAGCCCCUUGCCCGUCGCGCCUUCCUCGCUUCUGCCUUCUCUUUCCUCGCAUUCCUCCUCCUUUCCCUCAUCAGUUCUCCUCCUUCGCAUGCAUUCGGGAGCAUGAACUUCUUCUCAAACUCAAAGCAGCAGCAGCAGCAGGCGGCGUACCAGCAGCAGCUCCAGCAACAGCAGCUC